AUGGCGUCCGCGGCCGCGCAACUGUCGCUUCCGCGUGUCUUCCGUUCUUUUCCAGGCAUCCAUUAUCAACCUUCGAACCGCCAUUGUUCCGCGCUGCUUCCGCCUUUUACGGGCUUGAAACUCUCGACACCAGCUGAGCGAAUAGGCGGCGAAAAUGCGAUUUGCAGCACCAGAGCCGUGCCUGGCGGAAACAGGGGAAACGGGGAGCGUUUCCGUCAUCCGCAUCCGGUGACGCGCGCGGACGUUGUUGUGUCGGCGGGGGAAGGCGGAACCCGCGCGCCGCAGCGGGAUCGGAAGCAGAAGCUCGCUCCGCCGAGCGGGCGCGCGGGGGGCGCGGGGAGAUCGGGGGGCGGAAAGAUCCCGUACGAGCUCGAGGCGGUGAUCAGCAAUCUCGUGUCGCUGGCGCCACGUGGCAGCAUCUCGCGAUGCAUGGAGACGUUCAAGGGGAAGCUGACGCUGCCGGACUUCGCGCUGAUAUUUAAGGAGUUCGCGCAGAGGGGCGAUUGGAUCCGCGCAAUGCGCCUGUUCAAGUACAUGCAGCGGCAGCAAUGGUGUGCCCCCAACGAGUACAUUUACACAAUCAUGAUCGGCAUCAUGGGUCGGGAGGGCAUGUUAGACCGCGCACAAGAGUUAUUUGAGGAGAUGCCGGAGCAUGGUGUGGAGUGGAAUGUCUAUUCCUUCACCGCCCUCAUCAAUGCUUACGGGCGGAAUGGCAUGUAUGAGCGAUCUCUUGACCUCCUGGCUCGUAUGAAGCGAGAGGGAGUAGCGGCCAACAGCAUCACAUACAACACCGUGCUGCAUGCAUGUGCCAAGGGCGCCAUUCCCUGGGAUGGGCUGGUUGAUAUCUUCGCCAAGAUGAGGCAGGAGGGCGUGCAGCCCGACAUAGUCACGUUCAACACGCUGCUAGCAGCCUGCAAUGCGCGCUCGCUAGUGGAGCAAUCAGCCAUGGUCUUCCGCUCUAUGGUGGCCUCCCAGGUGCCACCCAACGCCCUCUCCUACGCCUCAUUGGUCGACACGCACCGCCGGGGCGGGCAGUUGGGCGGCGUGCGUCGUCUUUUCCAGGAGAUGUCGGAGGAGGAAGGGGUGGUGGCUGACGUGUCAGCAUACAACAUGCUCAUCGAUGCUUAUGCAUGGGGGGGAGAGUACCAAGCGGCACAGGAGGUGUUCAAUGAAAUGCAACAAGCGGGCUGCAUUCCCAACGUGGCCACCUACACGGCUCUCUUGAAGGCUCUGGGAUCGAACGGCAGCUACCACCACGUGCGAUCCGUCUUCACCCAGAUGAAGGCCUCCGGGAGGAAACCCGACCUUGCCACGUACCGGACUCUCCUGGAUGUGUUUAUCUCGGGAGGGUUUUUCCGGGAAGCUUCGCGGCUGUUCUGGGACAUGGAGGAGGACGGGGUGGAGGUGGAUGAAGGGGCGUUUACUUCGUUGCUUGUGGCGUGUGGGCUUGGAGGGCUUACGGCUGAAGCAACAGAGAUAUACAGGUUCCUGCGGGAGCGGUCACAGGUGCAGCCAUCAGCCUCGUUAAUGGAGGCUCUGAUAAGUGCGUAUGGGCAGGCGGGCAUGUACGACCAUGCGCUGACAGCCUUGCACGAGAGCAUGGAGAUGGGACUCUCAGACCAGCCGGGUCCCUUUCUCGCUCUCAUGGAGGCAUAUGCAGCAGGGGGCAUGCACGACGACGCAGCGUUCGUCUUUGCCCUCAUGAUGCAAUCCGAUGGGGGGAGAGCAGCAGCAGGCGCAGGCGCAGCAGCAGGAGCAGCAGGAGGAACAUCAGGUGGAGGAUUUUUGUCAGGAGACACAGCUACUGCAGGAAACACAGCUGUCUCGCUCUCUUCCCCCGCCCUCUCCUCCGCUCCCUCCUCCUCCUCCCCCUCCUCAUCUGAUCCGUACCCUGCUGAUGCGUCUCUGAGGACGUUCAAUGCUCUUAUCGAGGCGUUCACUAAAGGGGGUCUCUAUGAUGAAGCGAUUAAAGUCAGCGAGGAUAUGGAGCAGGCAAACUGUCGCCCCUCUCUGGCAACCCAUGCAGCCAUGGUGGCCGCAUACAGUGCUGCCGGCACGUUUGAAGCGGCUUAUGCACAGACGACGGAGAUCAGGGAGGAGGGCAUGGUGCCGCCCGCUGCCAGAUACUGCCACUUGCUGGCGCUCUGUGCGAGGAGAGGCAGGUGGCAGGACAUGCGGCGGCUGAUCAUGGAAAUGGAAGGGGGCGGAACGGGGGAGGAGCACCGGGUGGUGAGGGGGCUGCUGGUGGGGCGGUAUGAAUCGGAGGAGUUCUGGCCGAUCGCUGAGGACUUCUUUGGGCGACUCAAGAGGGAGGGAGUGGCGGUAAACCGGGUGUUUCUCAACGCGCUAAUGGACGCCCUCUGGUGGGCUGGAAGGCGGGCCUCAGCACUCAAGCUGCACGCACCAACCACCAGCCUUGUGGUCUUCCCGGAAGCUUCCUACCGCUCCCCGACGCUGUGGUCCCUGGACGUGCACCGCAUGUCACAAGGGGCGGCAUGUGUGUUUCUACACCACUGGCUCUCCCAAGUGCAUGAAACAGCUGUGCUGGAGCCAGCAGAGCUUCCACCUCUUUUCAGUAUAGUCACAAGGUGGGGUGACGAGAGUCCCAACAAGGAUGAGGCCGAUGCAGCGCCUGUGAAUAAAGCCAUGCUCAAGGAGAACAUGUCCACGUGUGCAUACUACAAGAACUUCACUCUGGUUCUAGACUCCGUCGCCAGCAUCCACGCGCUGCUCGAGAACUGCAAGAAAUUCAAAAACUGGGGAGCGACAACGGACGCGGCGAAGAAGGCGUUUCAGAAGCUGGAGGACCUUCUGAGGAAGUGCACGGGACUUCUGCAGCGCUGCAUCAGCGCGCGAAGCAAGCUUCUGCAGCUGGUGUCCGAGACGACGAUCAAGCUCGACGACUUCGUCUCCAUGCAUGCUGAGCUGGAAGCGUGCCUGCUCGCCAUCCCCACGGACGCCAUGCCUGAUGACCUCGUAGCGCAGAUCCAAGCCACGCUGAAGCAGAUUCACGACGCGAGUUUUGAGGAUCUCUUUACGGCCGACAUGAAGCAGCAGCUGCAGUCGCUGCAGCAGGACGGCGGGGGCAGCGGGGGCGCGGGCGUGCGGCGCAGCAGCAGCCUGGGCACGCCGUACACGCAGAGCCAGUUCCCCGCGGGGCAGCUGGCGGACGCGCUGGGCAUGGACGGCGGGGGCGCGUUCCGCAAGGAGCAGGAGGCGCUGGCGCUGGAGAAGCGCAAGGCCGCGGAGAGCAGGGACAAGGCGCAAGAAGCGCUCAUGGAUCAGCUGAUCACCAUUCUAAUGCGCAUGGAGCGAGAGCUUCCUGCCUUCAAGGAGUCCCAGGCGAAGCUCGCCCGCGAGAGAGCCUCCGCAGCAGCAGCAGCCAGCUCAGGCGGCGGGCAGCGGGGCAGCAGCGGCCUCUCUGGCACCUCCUCGGUGCCCAAGUCGCCCAAAGAGCUUCUCAGCCCCACCCGCCGCCGCAUGAUGCUGCUGGCAAACGCUGUGGAUGAUAUGACUGGGGAUGCUGCUGGGUUGUCGCUUACUGGGAGCGGCGGGAGCGGGUCGGCCGGUCGGGAACGCCGAAGCAGGCGGUCAGGAGCGGAGGGCGGUGGGGAUGCGCAUGAUAGGUACGAUGCACAGACCCAGCAACAGCAGCAGCAGCAUUCGCGGUUUAGGGACGGGGAGGGGGAUGGGGGCGGGAGGACGGACGACGAUCGGCACAAGGACCGGAACAGAGCGGUGCGAGGGGAGAGAGAGCAUAGGAGGAGCACCGAGCGGAGGGACCGAGGCAAAGACGAACCUGGUCCGGGCACUGGUAUGCCAGGUUCUAAAAGCACUGGGGGGGCAGGCGCAGGCGAUGCCCGGUCCAAGUCGCCGUUUGACAUGGGCGGCAGGAAGGGCGGCGACGAUUUGGAGUAUAUGGAUGACCCGACAAGGGCCCGUACGGGCAGUUCGAGUGGGAGAGAGAAGGAUAAGAUGGGGAAGACGGGCAGCGGAGGCAGCUCUGCUAGCAGCGUCAGUGGUGGGUCACGCAGCCGAUCUAAGACUGGGCGUACUAGCAGCGUGGAUAAGCCAGGGGGAAACGGGGAUAUGGGGGGAAUGGGAGGGGAGUUUGGUGGAGAGGGUGGCGGCGGGGCAGGUGCGGAAUGUUCCGAUCCUGAAGCUGACCUGGCGGCGUAUGAUCCCGAGGCUCCGCAGCAGAUCGUGCAGAAUCUGCUGUUUGGGUCGGCGGAGGAGAAGGGCCGGGCGGCGGGGCUCGUUGGAUGGUAUGCAUCGAUCUCAGCUGCAAACCGAUCGACUUUCCGAGAAGCUGGUGCUGUAGACGCCCUGCUGCCGCUGGCUGUAGGUGGGCCACGGGACCCGAAGGGAGCCGAAUCUGCGCUUGCCGCUCUGCUAAACCUCUCGUCUGAUGAGAUGGGGAAGCAGGAGCUGCUCACUCACCUCCCGCUGCUGAUUCAGGCGCUCAAACGCGCGGAUUUCUCCUCUGCAGCAGGCUCAUCUGCAGCCAAUGUAAUGAAAUGUGCCGCGUCCUUUUCGGACCGCGCCCGGGGGCUGGUUAUCGAUGCAGGAGCGGUCCCACCACUGGUGAAGCAGCUUACCGGAUCGAACCACGAAGGGAUGCAUCCAGGGUAUGAUACGCCGUCCAGGCAAGCCGCAGCAGAGACUGUCGCGUGUCUCGCUCAGUGCGAGUCUCAGCGGAGCAAACUGGUGGGAGAAGGCGUGAUUCCAGCCCUGGCGGUGGCCCUACAGGCGAAUCUGAACAACGAAACAGUGGUCGCCACGUGUCAAGCGCUGUCUCGGCUGGCGACUGUGCCGGACGGGAGGGAGGCGAUGGGCGAGGCGAUCCCGUCGCUGGUAACCGUGUUACGGCUGGAUUAUCCUGCGGCGGUGAGGGAUGCGGUGGAGGCGCUGCUGCAGCUGGCGAAGCACAGCCCGACGCACAGAAGCAAUAUUAGGAACAGCGGAGGCAUGCGGUACUUGCGAAACGUGUUGCGAUCAGGCCCACCCACGCUCCAUCCAAAGGCAAUGGAGCUUUUGGCAGCACUUUUCUCCUAA